UUGAUCAAUUGAAGGUGUAAAAACUAAACUGCUAAAAGGGCUUAAAUGCAGCGUUUUACAAACAGUUAGCUGUUGCGUGUUUUUCUUCAAUUCCACCAAUCACAGGGCUCCUUUCUUGAUGCCUGAUUGCUCAGGUGCCGCAAUGUAAAAUGUGUAUUUACCUCUUACCCGCUAUUGGAAGCGUACCUAGGUACCCACCUACUAAGCAGCUACAAGAUCUCUGCGAAAUGCUUCCACUCAGUGCGUUGUGAGCGUCUGUUUUUAGAGGAAAAUAGUAUCUAGAGAGCGAGUGAAUAUGGCUGGGAGGCAGUGGGGAGGAAUAUUCUCAUAGACUCAUAGAAAGAGAGUGUGUGUGUGAGAGAGACAGGUACGUGUUUCCCCUAUCUUAGGUGUCCAUCUGUCCAUCUAUCUACAUCGGCAUUUGCGUGUAAAAACCAACGCUCGUAGUGGUGAGACCAGAACUCGCCCUCUACUCCGGCGAUGGCUGGGCCGCAUAUCUGAUCCCGCCGUUCGAAAAGCCUCGAGUGCGGUUUACUAAGGGUCGCUUGAUUUACACUCAUCUCAUCAUCCCUAUCCUCCUCUCCUCUCUCUCUCUCGGACACCCCUAGAAAUACACAGGUCUCAGCGCUGGACAUGACGCAUCAGCCCAUCGUGUCCAGGGGCGCUGGCCGCCUGCUGCUAUCCCGCAGCCGGCUGGCGUCUUCGGGCCUGUUUCCGUGGGGGUUGCCUCUAUCACCACCGCCCCGCAACAGCCUCUCGAGACUCAGCUCGUCGGCGUCAAACUGCGCCUGGGGGAGAAGAAAGAGUCCGCUCCCAGCCGCAGCAACGCCGGCGGUUGCCCUCGGCUUCCUCAGACCCAAACACGUAAUCCCCCUAUCGUCGCCGUCGUCUGGCUCGAGGAACCAGCGCGCUGCCCACACGAUCGGCCCGCCCUCGUCCUCGCCCCAGACCGCGCCGACGACCGCGGCGUCGUACUCGCCGCCCACGUCGGGCCUGCUCGCGCGGCUGCCCGCGUCGUGGGUGCCGUACGCGGAGCUGAUCCGGAUCGACAAGCCCGCGGGCACGUACUACCUAUACUUCCCGUGCCUGUUCUCGACGCUGCUCGCGGCGCCGCUGACGCUCUCGUCGGCCGACCCCGCGGGCCCGCUCGCCGUCACCGGAACCGCCGCGCUCUUCCUCGCCGGCGCCAUCGUCAUGCGCGGCGCUGGCUGCUCCAUCAACGACUUGUGGGAUCGCAACCUGGACCCCCACGUCGCGCGCACGCGCCACCGCCCCCUCGCCCGCGGCGCCCUCUCGCCCCCGCACGCCCUCGCCUACGUCGCCGCCCAGCUCCUCGCCGGCCUCGCCGUCCUCCUCCAGCUGCCCCAGCCCGCCUGCUUCUACUACGCCACGCCGAGCCUCCUGCUCGUCGCCGCCUACCCUCUCGCCAAGCGCGUCACCUACUACCCCCAGUUCGUCCUUGGCCUCACCUUCUCCUGGGGCGCCGUCAUGGGCUUCCCCGCUCUAGGCAUCGACUUGCUCGCCGAGGGAAACACCGGCCCGUUCGCCGCCGCCGCUCUUCUCUACACCAGCAACGUCGCCUGGACCAUCCUCUACGACAUGAUCUACGCCCACAUGGACAUCCGCGACGACGCCAAGGCCGGCAUCAAGAGCAUCGCCCUCAAGCACGACCCGGACACCAAGAAGAUCCUCACCGCUGCUGCUGCCGUCCAGAUCGGUCUGCUCGCUGCUGCCGGCACCGCCACGGGGGCUGGGCCCGCCUUCUUCAUCGGGAGCUGCGGCGGCGCCGCCCUGACUCUCGGUUACAUGAUCAGGAAGGUCGACCUCAAGAGCGUCCAGGACUGCUGGUGGUGGUUUGCCAACGGGAGCUGGAUCACCGGCGGCGUUAUCAGCCUCGGUCUCGGGGCAGACUAUCUGCUCAAGUACUUCGGAGAGGACCCGGCACGAAUCGAGGCAGGCGAGAAGGAAGCCGAAUAGGAUGCCUCAGUAUUCUUGGAUGUACCACCACAUGUUGCACAUUACCCAUGUAUAAUUGGAUUUAGACCAAUUUAGACCACCGUUACAUAGAAAAGCGGACGACUUCAAUAAUUACCACAAACAUGGAUCGGGUUCACAACCGUGGUAGCCAAGUGCUUACCAGGUCACCAUAAUCCUUUCGGAUGAGAAACAGUGUGUGCUCUGGCGACAAACCGACCUCUAUUCUUGGAUCGCGUCCACCUAUGAAAAGUGUAUCAAGGCCCUGACCUCAUGAUGCCGAUGAAACAAAGCAAGCCGUAUCGACUCCGCAUGCCCAAAUGAUGUUCUCUUCGUCACGCGUAUUCCUUUUUUUAAUACCGUUUCGCCCCCGAAACCGAGCCGCCCCCGUCUACGACCUCGGCUUCUCCUUCUUCUCCUUCCACAGGGCCAGCAGACCGACACCCGAGACCUUGACGACCUUGAAUCGCACACCGGGAAUAUCACCCUUGGCCUUGCCCUUGCGACCGAAACCAGCCAGGAGGACCUCGUCGUUCUCGUCUACGAAGUU